CGCGGCGUUUUAAGGCUUCCAAGGGUUGGAUGGCUUGCUUAGACAUUCCCUUACCCCCAAAAUCCUCGCAUCGUUUUCCUCUCUGCGUCUGACUGUUCAAACCGUGACUACCUCUGUAGCUACGACGACUAUCAGUACAGACUGCAGUGUACAGUAUGUUUAUCAAGUAUUGAACCCGUAUUUAAAAAUUAAUUUUAUCUUAAACGUUUUUAUCUCCUCUUGAUACUUAUUUCCUUCAUUUCCUUCAUUCUCUUCGCACCGUCCAAACAAUCAAUCAAAUGAUUUAAUUUACGCCUUCCCUUCCCUUUUUUCAAAAAAGAAGCCUUUCAUUACUUUACUUUACUAUUCUUCACUUCACGUCAAUCGCUAUUCAUCCCCCUUCCAUCAUCUUCUAAAACCCGACUCUAUUUAUCUAUUGUUUCUUUCUUUUUAUUUCCAUCACAAUGGCCUCACUCAAGGGCGAAUUCGAGAAAGACCAUACCGAUUUACAAAUGGUAGACGCUAGACCAUCGUACAAAUCAUGGAAAAAGAAAUAUCGCAAGAUGCGCAUCAAGUUCGACCAGCAGAUGCAGGAGAUUGAAAGUCUGCACAAGCUGGAACAAAAGGUUAUGCGAACUGCGAAGCGUCUAGCUAUCGAGAACGAUCGUUUGAUGGAGAUUCUGUUAGACAUCAAUGAUUCCCCUCAAAUCCCCUUUGAGCGACGCAUCGAUAUCAAUUUAGAGGACGAAGACGAUGACGAUGAUUCGGAUGCCACCCAGAAGCCAACAAAGUCUCUGAGCAGACUAGAACAGGAGGUCCCGCAUAGAUCAUAUGCUGCCAGUGUCGACCAAAAUCCAGAAAUUCUAGACGACCUAGAGCCAGAUGAUCCCCAGGCACAUCCCACUUCGUUUCUAACUGCCGACGAUAUUGACGAGUAUCUCUACGAACUUGACGUGCGAUUGAAACUGAAACCCAAGCCCACCCUCGCGCCUACUGCCAUAGGAAAAGAAACCACAAAUCCUGCGGCCAACUUUGCGCUACGAAAUCCUACGAGUGUUUACAACUGGUUACGCAGACACGCACCUAAGACGUUCCUCCAGGACCUCGAGAAGGAGAAGGAAAAGGACAAAGAUAAGGGAAAAGGCAGGGACGACGGUCACGACAAGGAUGAUGAUGAUGUAGGAGGAGGACGCAAGCGCAAAGGUGGCAACGCCGCGCGAACCAAGAGACAAUCAGCUGCCAGCCGUAAAGAAAAGGAGGCCGCAGAAUCAGCAGACUGGGAUGACGACGCAGGUUAUGAUGUGCCCUCUAUCAAGCUCAAGAGAAAGAGAGACGAGGAUCCAGGAUAUCGACCCAAGGGUGGAUCGAGUCGACCCACGAAGAAGCGCAAGAGCAAGGACUUUGGCUCUCUUCCAACCAAGGGAUCACGAAAAUAAAAUGCCUGAUCCAACGCCCUAGCACUAUUGCCGGGUUAAUAUGAAAAGGCGCGCCUCGAGCAGAGCUUCGGGGGAAUGGAACAAGGGUCUGUAUGGUGGUCUGUAUGGCAUUUCGUGUCUUGAGGAUAGGUAUAUAAUGCUGUGGGCGUUUAAUGAGUUUCCAUCCAAUCAUGUCAACUAAUUCCUUAAUUGCUCGUGCUAAUACGAUUAUGAUUAUGAUUGAGAAUAUGCCAGCGAGAAAUCGACAGCAUGAUGAAUCCAUGAGUACCCAGGUUAGGUACCUAGUAGGUC